AUGAGCAAGACGGCGUCCAUCAGUAUCAAGGACAUCAAUCUCAUCCCUAUUGGAUCAUCCCAUCCUACCAUGUUCGUCUACGGCCUCAAGAAACGCCUGAAAGCGCUUAAAAAAAUAUGGGGACCCCUCAUGCCGGCCAAAGAGCACUUGGACGAUGAGUACAACUUUCCUCCAGGCAGGUAUGCCGGCCAGAAUGACGACAACUUAACUCAGCCAUGGUGA